AUUGAUGGGGAUUAGUGAAGAACAACAGCUGUUUAACAAGUUAGGAGCUUCAUGCUGGAGACCUUGAAUUGUCCACCCGAUCCAUAUUUAAAGAUGGGUUAUUGCCUUGUGUGUGUGUCUGUGUGUUAAAAGCUUUUAAUUUUGAGAAGGGAUAUGGUUGGAGUUUGAUUCUUCCAAAAUAUCAUAAAUCAUUAAAUCUUUAUUCUCUUUUGAUCAGGGGGAUUAGGGAGUCCAAGUUUAUUUAUAUUUUAACUUAAAGAGUCCAUACAUGAUCUUCAUUCCAUGAAAUUAGCUUUCUUCCUUGUUCUGUAAUAUUUGAUCUUAGAUACUUGCAGUUAUCCUCAUGGCAUACAUCCCUCCACAUAGAAGACAGAUAAACGGUGCAGAGAAAAUAUCACCUACUCCCUAUCCUUGCUUUCCUGGUCAAUUUAGAAGAAGUUCGACUACUCCAACAUCAACCAGCUGCUUCUGCUCUAAUUCAGAGAGAAGGAAUAACUCCCAACACCCUUUGCGUGGUAAAAAUAUUCCUUAUGGAAACGACCCAAUCUGUAAAUGGUUGAUGGUUGGUCCGACAGAUCUCACUUUACUUGAGAUGAAGCCAAUUUCCCAUGAAUUUGUUGAGGGGAUAUAUGGAGAAAAACCACUGGUUCUGACUUGUGCCCACCCAACAACAGUUGCUUCCCUACAAGUUGUAGUUAACAACACAGGGAGCACUGGAACAAGCCCAUGGGUGUAUCUGGCAGAGAAGCUACAACCAGACCUUGUAAAAUCUUUCCAAAACGUAUGCAAGGAAAUUGAUGAGUUCCAAGAAUCUGAAGAAAUAAAGCCUACAUUUCGGGUCAGAUUUGGAAAAAUCGUCUUUCGUGGGGGACGGUCUAAUAUGUUGGACUCUAUCAAAAAUAGUUUGGCUGAUGAAAGUCCAUCGAAUGAAGAUUUGCAGAGAUGGUUUCAUGCAGAUAUUCCUAGUUCGUACAUGGAAUUCAUUUUAAGUUACAUUGUCCCAAAAACUGGACUAGCUUUUGAAACUGAAAAUGAAUAUUACCAUGUAAAGUUAUUAGACAAAUCCGAUUCAAAGACAGUUAUUUCAUGUAAAUGUUGGGCAACUGAAGCUGAUGGAGAAUUGGAACUCCAAGAGAUAGAACUAUGCCAACUACGUCAUCUCGUAGUAGACAUAUCAUGCCUCGAAAAGAAUCUAGACAUGAGGAUGAUGGUAUCUUCUAGAAAGAGAGCCUUGAUGUCAUUGACUGAAGAUCAAAAGAAUAGCUUGGGAAAUUUAAUAAGGUCGGCAGUUAUAGAUCCAAAUGUAAAGGGAGUCCUAAGAUGGCCUGUAGAAGAUUCUUUUGAAGAUAAAUACAAGGUUAUUGCAGUUUAUCACUCAAAAUGCAAGUCUUUUAAAAAUUCAUUGUUGAGGCUCAAAAUACAUGAUGGAGAUCAGUUUGAUUUUACAUCAUCAACUGGGAUGGAUGCAAGGAACAUCACUCUCGAGAUGGCAGGAGUUGUUGAUGAGAUAUUGCAGGGUCAGAAGAUAGGGAUGUGCGCUGCAACUGAGAUGUUUCAAGAUACUCUAAAACUGAUAUGGGACAACUUCUUGAGUUGUUAUGACUUAUCUUUCACUUAAAUCCCCAUUAUGAAUAUUCUCUUUUUUCUUUCUUUGUAAGCAUGCAGCUGAGAUGCUUCCAGUUCCAGAUACUCUUGAAUUGAUGUGGAAUAUAUUCUUGAGUUAUUAAUUGUAACUUAUAAUUAAAUUUCCAUUGA